UUUUCAUAUAAACUUCUUUUUCCAGUCAACAUCUCAUUUUCCUAACCUUCGUAAAUAUGUUAAGCACAACACUAAAGCACUUUAGUCAUCCUGAGCAUGUCCUCAGAUUAGAAGAGGAUAAUGUUUUUGGAGACAAUGCUAAGUGCUAUGCUUGCAACAAAUCAGUUAUAGGUUUUCCUACAUACACUUGUACAAACAACUUCUAUGUUGAUUGCAAAAGUUUUUAUCUGCACAAGAAUUGUGCUCAAUUGCCCACACAAAUUGUCCGCGACGAGCAGGAUCCACACCCCCUUACUCUACUUGCACGGGGUCGAGAUUCUGUUUGUGAUAUUUGUAAUGAUCGUGUUAUAACAUUGUCAUAUGCAUGUGAAGAUUGUGAUUUUGACGUGUGUGUUGUGUGUGCUUUCAUUUCUGAGCAGGGAGUGAUUCGUCAUCAAGGUCAUGCGAAGCACACACUAACAUUACAGAGACAAGCUCUGUUUAAGUGUGAUGCUUGUUACGAGAAAACCGAAGAUUAUUCCUAUGUAUGCUUCACCUGUAAUUUCUGGAUCCACAAGAGAUGUGCAUUCUCUCCGCCCAUUAUUCCAGCCCCUUCUUAUCACCAUCACCCUGUCAUUCUUAUCUACUCGAUUCCUGUCAUGCACCGCAAAUUCAUUCGAUACUGUCCCAUCUGCGACAAACGAGUUCUCCCCUUCUGCUGGUUUUAUUACUGCCACAAAUGCACAUUUUUUGUGCAUAUAAAAUGUGCUUCGUCCACAGUGUCUUUGAGAAAUGAGAUUGAAGAAAAUGAAAAUUUUGAUAGUAGACGAGAUUUUGUACAAUUUCCUCUGCCAAGCGAGGAAUCACUAUUGGAUCUCAUUAUUAGCCACUGUGGCAAGCUCCGGACUGUAAUUCAAGGAGAGGGCGAAAACAGUACCACUAUAGUUAAUGAUCCACGCGUUAUUUAUGAACAUUGGAGUCAUCGGGAGCAUCCAUUAGAAAUGCAGCAGUUUACUGAGAAUGGGCUGCAUGACGAUGAUGACAACGACAACGAUGAUGAUGACAAAAGAGGGUUGAUAUGCGAUGGAUGCAUUCAACCUAUAACUUCUUCUCACGUGUCUUACUAUGCUUGUAAGCAAUGUCGUUUCUUUCUCCACUCCUUCUGUGCCACCAAGUUGCCACAACAUUUGCCUGUAGGUGGAUGUCCAUUUCACCCCCAGCAUUCUUUCAAGCUUAAUAAGGUUUGUAGAUUCUAUGAUUUUUUCCUAUGUGGAGUUUGUAGCUACUUUUCAAAUGGAUUCUACUAUCAGUGUGAGGCUUGUCAUAUGAAAAUUGAAAUCCGUUGUGCAUUCUUGCCCACAAGGAUUAGACACAAAUCUCACAAGCGCCACUCUCUUGUUCAGCGUCGAGCCUCGGAUAAAACUUGUAGUGUAAGUAGGCUUCUGAUCGAUGGUUCUAGAUUGGGAUAUGCUUGUGAAACUUGCAACAACUUCCAUAUUUUUAUAGGUUGUGUAUUUUAUCCAACUCGGAUGAUGAAACACAGAUACGAUGAUCACCCUAUAACCCUGAGACACCCUCCAUUCUUCUACGAGGGAGUAAUUUACUGUGAGAUAUGUGAAGAACAAGUUAAUAACCAGUUGUGGCUUUAUCAUUGCGGAAAAUGUGAUCAUUCUUUUCACUACACCUGCCUCCGUUGGUACGAAAGUGUCAAGGUAGGAAGAACAAUCAAAUAUAAUACUGGCAAUCAAAUACACACCCUUACAUUGGUUUUAAAGAGGACCACAAGAAGGAAGUCUUUGCCAUACUUGUGUGUCAUUUGUGGGCAAGGCUACAAGUGGCAUUACUUUUUUGAAUGUUUUGGAUGCGGAUAUCUUGCCUGCGUCUUCUGUAUUAGAUGGUUACAUGGCGAGUAAACAGUUUCAAAUUACGAGUAAAUAGUUAUAUAUUGCGUUCCUCUUGUUUUUUUUAUAUGUAAUUUGUGUUUGAGUAUUGAACUAGGCAUUUUUUAAUAUAUAUGGACAUGCCUUCGCCGA